AUGUUUUCCUCAAACUAUGAACGUGUGCAAACACAUGACGAGGACGACCACGUAACCGGCCAACACUCACAACCAAUCCCGAACUCGCCUCCGCCGUCCUUCCGCUCUCUCAACUCCUCUCGCCGUAACUCUGCUCAACACGACCACAAUCGCGACCAGGAUGCCGACCGAGAUAUCGACGACGCUUUUGCCGCUCCUUCGGAUGACGAGGACGACCAUGACGGCCCCGACGCCGACCGUCGACGACUGGUCCAGUCCAACGACCGCGACUCUCCCGAACCCACAGCUCCUGAGGUCCAACCUCCACGACUAGGUCGCAGAGUCACUGAGAUUAAUAUGUUCCUACCUGGCGGCAGUCGCUCAAGCAGCAGCAGGACCUACGGAGGUGGAAACAGCGUCAACGAUGGUGUCUUUGCCAACAUCUCGGCAAAGCCUACCCGUGGCGAGGAACUUGAGGAGAAGCCUCCGACAUAUGAGCAAGCAGCUGCCGACUCAGCACCACCAUACUGGGAAACCUCUAUUUUGGCCCCUGGAGCCUUCAACAGCGACGACAUCUUCGUCGACGGCCUUGUUGUUGGCAGUCUCUUCUCCUUUGUCUGGAACGCUCUUAUCUCCAUGUCCUUCCAACUCAUCGGAUUCCUCCUUACAUACCUCCUUCACACCACACACGCCGCAAAGCACGGUUCUCGCGCCGGUCUCGGUAUCACAUUGAUCCAAUACGGCUUCACAUUCCGAUCAGUACCCUCGGAUCCUGUUACCGGCGUACCUGCCAACGACCCGAACGGCACUAUCCCCUCAGACCCUAACGCUCACGACUUCGAUCCUUCAAAGGUUGCUGGAAAUGUCACCGGUAUGGACGAAUCAAGCGGACUUGGUGCUCAAGACUGGAUUUCGUACGGCCUCAUGAUUGUCGGUUGGUUUAUUCUUAUCCGAUCUGUCAGCCAAUUCAUCCGUGCCAGGCGGCAGGAGAUGAUCAUCCGUGGUACUGCUGAUCGCGGUCUUGGUACGGCUGUUGUAGCAAGCAACGAGACGCCUGAGCAGGCUGUCUAA